AUGACAUCCUCGUUUCUCACCCCGGGGUCGAUUGCCAAAGAACACGAGCUAGCAACUCUGCAUCUGCGCCGGGAUGCUUCUAUCCCAGUGGUCCUGUCGAUCAAGGUUCAGGAUGCAGAAGAUCGGGGCUACGCGGAAGGCAUGGUCACCAAUACCCGUUUCGGCUCCUUUCCACAUUCCACUAUUAUUGGUAUGCCAUGGGGCAGUCAGAUCCGAGCAAGCCGCGUGGAUACCGGCUCUCGUGGUAGGAAGGAGCGGCCGCACGCGAAGAAGCGGAAAGCGGAUGCGUUGGAAGACAAAGCUCCAAAUGGUGAUGCCUCUUCGGCGCCCACCAAAGACGCCGUUGCUGCGAGUUCUGGCUUUGUGCAUGUUCUACCACCUACACCUGAAAGCUGGACUAGAAACCUGCCUCACAGGACACAGGUGGUUUAUACACCGGACUACAGCUACAUAUUGCACAGGAUCAGAGCCCAACCGGGGACAAGGUUGAUCGAGGCCGGAAGUGGAAGUGGAAGCUUUACACAUGCCGCUGCGAGAGCUGUAUUUAAUGGGUAUCCUCCUGUGGAGGAUAUUGUAAGUCAAGAAAGCUUUACGGAGAGUUCUGACACCCAUGGAAAAGUCUUUUCAUACGAGUUCCACGCGGAACGACACAGAAAGGUUCAGGCGGAGAUGUUGGAGCAUGGGUUGGAUAGGAUAGUGCGAGCUAUGCACAGAGACGUGUAUAAGGAUGGAUUUCUCCUUCACGACGAUGAGGCUAGUAAAAGAACCUCACCCCGCGCGAACGCAGUCUUUCUCGAUCUUCCGGCGCCGUGGGAAGCGUUACCGCACCUCACACGACAGUCUCAGGAUGGAACACCUUCUGCGCUUGACGACCGUUCACCCGUCUACAUUUGCACUUUCAGUCCAUGCAUAGAGCAGGUACAGAGAACGAUAUCAGCUCUUCGAAGAUUCGACUGGCUGGAAAUUGAAACAGUAGAGGUGCAGCACAGGCGAAUCGACAUCCGGCGGGAAUAUACUAGCCUGCAGUACGAAGGGAUGCGGGGAGUCAACACCAUGGCAGCAGAUGUGAACGAGGCACUGUUAAAGCUGCGAGAAGUCAACGGAAGAGCAAGGAGUCAUCAAAAGGGCAACCCUGAGGAGGCAAGGGUUUGGGCCAAGGUCGAUCAAAAUCAGCAACAGCAGACUCUCCCUUUCGACGGUGGGAGGCUGAUUCACCGAACAGAACCAGACUUGAAAACGCAUACGUCGUACCUCGUGUUUGCGGUAUUGCCCCGAUCAUGGAGUGAAGAAGACGAAGCUGAGGCUCAAGCAAAAUGGGUGAAGCAUGUAGAUGUUACAUCGAAUGUCCCGAAAAGCCAGCGCCAGCUUAAGAAGGAGGCCAAGAGGCGAACAAAGGGGCAGAGAGAGAUCAAGCAUCAACCACAUGGACAGAAAAGACCGGGUGAGUCAGCGGGUGGUGAGAAAGAGGAGCCUUGA